AUGGCGGAAGUCGCAGCAAAGAUGGAUGUGGUGGAUGCGAAGGAAGUGCAGGUUCAGAAUGAUUUGGACGGCCAGCUCGCCCAGGGCGGCCAGGCGGGGGCAGGGAAGGCUGAGGUAGACCUGGAAAUGUCGCAAAGCGAUGUCACAGAGGACUUGGAGAAGCCUUCGGAGGAGCAGCCACCAGUGCGGCUCAUGCUGCUUGUCAUGCUCAGCAUGUUUCAGGGCUACGCUUCGAUGGUGGGGCCUCUCCAAUCGGCCUACAAGCACCGGCUGGGCAUCAGCACGGACGGCACUGCAGCGGCACAUGCCUUCACACAAGCGGCCGUUGCAGUCCACUAUGGCAAGCUGAUCGCCCGCUUGGGGCAUAACGUCGUCUUCGCACGCCUCACAACCUGGACCCGAGUUGUCAUCGCGAUGUGCUUCAUGUUUGUGGGGAUCACAAUCCCCACCUUGCUCGUUUUCACCUUGGGCUGGAGCUGGGUGGGGUCGGUUUUCAUCGCCUACAUGCUUUCGGGCCUGGGCCUGGGGAUUUUCGAAGUCACCUUCCUGAGCGUCAUCACGCCCAUGGGGAGGGCCACGAAGGCCUGGGCCAUUGUGGGAGCUCCUGCAGGCUUCGCAACCAUCAACAUCCUCGGCCUCACAGCUUCCUCCUUCGGUUUGGAGAUGGUCUACAUCUACUGGUACAUCCUCUUCUGCCUGCCUAUCGGGCUCUUCUUAUUCACGCGCUUGGCCCCCAAAGGCAACACGGAGUUGAAGACGGCGAACUUCGCAGCCUCGUUACUCCAGGCUCGGCACUGGAUGCCGGGAAUGGCCCCCUUCUUUGUGGCACAGUUCUUGAGUCAUUUCGCAAUGGAGAACUGGCCGGCCAUCUUCUACAUGUUCCAUCCUCCCUACGUGCCCCUCUUCAAUCCCAAGAGUGAUCAGCACCUCAUGAAGUGGGGCCAAUUCUUUGCUGUUACCUAUGUCUUCAUCUUCCUCGGGGACUCCAUCAGCCGCCGAAUUGCGAUCUACCUUUCAACGCCCAGCUUGUUCCGACGAUUGGUCUUUCUCGGCAUGGCAAUGGCCUGCAUUGCUCUCGGGCUCUAUCUGGAAUCCCUUGCGAUUGCCAUCAUCAUCCCGAUUGCCAUCUUCCUGGUCUUCUGGGGGAACGGCACGAUCUACGGCUUGACGGCACACCACGUUGAUAAGCACGUGCCGAGCGAGCACAAUCUUGCAUCUUACUCUUUCUGGUGCUUUGUUGGGGAUCUCGGUGCAGUUCUUGGAGGUAUUUUGGUGGACAGCACGCACGACCUCUUCUGCAGGGGUCAUGAGGGACCCUUCGAAUGCUAA